AUGAUGACGAUGAAAGUAGAAGAGCUGGUGACUGGGAAGAAAGCAGAUGAUAAAGAGACUGGCAGCUUCCUCCCCGAGGACUUCAAAAAUGGAGAGUACGAAGCUGCCGUAAGAUUAGAGAAGCAGGAGGACCUAAAGACCGUCCCUGAACACUCACUGACCCGAGGUGAUUUGAGUUAUGAGAAAGAGAAAAAACGAGAAUCUGAGCUGAAGAAGAAGAAAUUAGAGGAGAGAUCAAAACUUGAAAACUUGGAGGAUCUUCAAAAAAUUAUUCAGCUGAAGAAGAAGAAAAAAUGCAGGAAAGUGAAAGUGCCUAUUUUAAGGGAACCUGAACCAGAAGUUGUUACAGGACCAGUGGAUAUAGCCACAUUCUUUAAAGCUGCGCUGGAGAAUAAGUUACCAGUAAUCGAAAAAUACCUGUCAGACAAAGGAGAUCCAAAUGUCUGUGAUGAGUACAAACGCACUGCAUUGCACAGGGCAUGCUCUGAAGGACACCUAGAGGUAGUGAAGAAGUUGGUGGAAGCUGGAGCCAAGCUUGAACAGAAAGACAUGCUUCAAUCUACAGCCCUACACUGGGCUUGCCGGGGUGGGAACCUGGAUAUUGUGAAAUUCUUAUUGGACAAAGGGAUAAACAGAAAUGCAAGAGACAAGCUGCUUAGCACCCCUUUGCACGUGGCUGUAAGAACAGGUCGGUACGACUGCGGGGAGCACCUCAUUGCCUGUGAAGCAGAUCUCAAUGCCAGAGACAGAGAAGGAGACACACCGAUGCAUGAUGCUGUGAGGCUGAACCGCUACAAAAUGAUCAGGCUUCUGAUUCUGCAUGGAGCAGAUCUAACUAUAAAGAACUGUCAAGGGAAAACUCCCAUGGAUCUUGUUCUUCAGUGGCAGAAUGGCACCAAAGAGAUAUUCAACAACCUGAAAGUUAAUUCCUGUAAGAACAUCCAACUAGGCAAGCUCUGAAGAGAGAAAUCUUUUCACUGCUUUUAAAUG